AUGGGUUCCAAUUCACUAGCUGGGUCACUCUAUGUGUCCCAUCUACUGUCAAUGUGGAAUGCUCGAGGCUUCGAGUUCGGAGCAGUUCUCUUUCUGGCCACCGUCUACCCCGGGACGCUUCUGCCCAUGUCGAUAUAUGCACUUGUCCGUGCUCUGGCGGCCAUUACAUUCUCACCGAGCAUAGGGAAUUUCAUCGAUUCCAAUAACCGUCUGAGCACCAUUCGCAUUUCCAUCCUCGGGCAAAGAGCCAGUGUGGCUGCCUCGUGUGCCGCCUUUGCCCUUUUAUUCCAGGCAAAGGAAGCACUUUCAAAGCCUAUACUGGCAUUGCUGCUUGUCUUGCUUAUUGUGUUGGCAUGCGUGGAGAAAUUAUGCUCCAUAAUGAACACUGUCGCAGUGGAAAGAGACUGGGUGGUUGUUAUCGCUGGGGGAGAUGACUCUGAACUUCAAACACUCAAUGCGCAAAUGAGACGUAUCGACCUCUUUUGCAAACUCGUCUCGCCGCUGUCGAUAGCCUUGUUGCAUGGGUGGUCACCCAGUAUCGCGGUAUGGUCGACUCUGUUCACCAAUGCACUCUCUGUCGGUAUCGAGUAUUUUCUCAUCGCAAGGGUCUUUUAUCAAGUUCCUGCACUCGCUGAUGAUGGCGGCGGACAAGGUCAAGAAGAAUCCGAAUUGAUCUCACCGGAAGAAGCACAAUCAGAAUCUCGAUCGAAGUUCGCACGAUGCGGCGGCUUUGUCGUUGACUCGGCUAGAAUUUAUGUUCGACAAACAGCAUUCCUACCUUCACUUGCCUUGUCUGUCCUAUACCUUACUGUGCUGUCUUUUUCUGGUCAAAUGACGACUUACCUUCUCGCUCUUCCGACCCCACAGAUUACAUCAACGACAGUAGGACUCCUCAGAACAGCUUCGGCCAUUUCAGAAAUCUCCUCGACAUUCCUGGCACCCAGAGUCAUGUCCAGGAUCGGCCCAGUGCGCGCAGGUAUCUGGUUUUUGUCAUGGCAGAUGCUUUGGUUGACUUGUGCCGUUGGGGCCCUUUGGAUGGGGGUGUUGGGAUCACCCUACGCCAUCACGGCAAUAUUCAUCGCCGGAGUCAUCAUGUCCAGGCUCGGUCUUUGGUCAUUCGACCUCUGCGCCCAGUUGAUCAUCCAAGAAUCCAUCACACCGUCCCACCGCGGCUCGUUUUCUUCGGUUGAGAUGUCGGUGCAGAAUUUCUUCGAACUCUGUACUUUUGCAACCACCAUUGUAUUUCCGAAACCUGAUCUAUUUCGAUACCCUGCGGUCAUUUCGUUAGUGGCAGUUUAUUCUUCCGCCGCAUUAUUCGCUAAAUUCGUUCGCGAUCGCCGUGGACAUCUUUUGCAUAUGCCGACUUGUCUCAAGAUCGGCAGGGAUCGAGACGGACACCGAUAUCAAUCCUUGUCAACGGAAAUGCAGUGACGUUGAGGGGAGGCUUGGCUCUUUUGGAAAUCCGUUGACUCGGGAUGUUAUGAGUGAGUACUCCAGAGAGGGUCGCUCUGAUGUCUCAAGGGGCAGGAAUACACCGCAUACUUCGGAUGAGAUGUCAACCCUUGCACUCGUUACGCUCUACCAUCCUGUUCAAGAACCGAAAAUUAGGAUCCCUGGCAAUUUGGUAGCUAGCUUAGCAUUAUUCUCCACCUGUGUCACGGACACGCAGCAUAUGGUCAUGCACUUCUUCAUCUAAAUUUGAAGACGAGGACCUGUCAGCCCCAGGGAUGUUUUUGUUUCGAUGUGGACGAAGUCGGUAGUUUCGAGUUCUGGUCGGGCCGAAAAACCACUCCAACGUGCAUGCAUAUGCAUAUGUAUUAAUGUACACUCUAUUUCC